AUGAAAGCAGGGAGCGCCUGGCGCAAGUUCUGGGCGGAAGCGGCCUCUGGCCUGUCAGGCGCUGAGAGGGACGCCUGCCAGAGGCGCGCGGUUCCCAUGGCAACAGACGCCGCCGGGAAGCGCGCGGAGAGAGGUAAAGGGGGCGCCGCUUCUCCUCCGCUUCUCCCCCCGAGAUGCUCCGGGCGGGGCGGGGGGGGGCGAGGGAAGGGAGAAGGGGAGCUGCCCGGGAGGCCAUUCACACGUGCGCCCUUCCCUCUCAGGACAGCGGGGUCGCCAUGCAGCGGGCGGACUGAGCCUCCGGCAGCCCCGAGGCCACGAACCUUCUGCGGAGGUGAGAGCGGAGAGGGGGGCUCAGGACCGGAUCCAGAGCCCCUCGGAAGGCAGCAGGCCAGGGGGGCCAGACUCCCGACUCCGCUCAGCCCUGGCCAGGGAGGAGGGGAGAGGCAGCCCCCAAAACCUCCCCAUCCCGGGCUGGGGAAACGGGGCUCGGGGGGCUCUACUCGGGUGUAUUCUCAAAGCAAAACACAGAGCACUCAAAAAGAAACCAAACAGUCCGACCAAAUGUCCUCACACUAUUCCCUAUUCUUCAGUGCUCCUUCCUCUUGCUGUUUCCCUAAAUCUACUGACCAUUUCAAAACAAAUACAUGUAUCUUAAGACAGUAUUCAUGCCUCUUUCUACUCAGUUUUACAGGGAAAAGGUGGUCUGAAACGGAGUAUAUCUUGACGGCAAGUGACUCUCUACUGCAGGAGUCCAACUUCUUCCUUGUAAAUGGGUUAACGGCCACAGAUGGAGCAGCUUGCAGCGCAAGCAGAAAUGUAGGAACACAGUGUGUGCCUCCUGCAAUUUAUAUCCUUUCCCCCAGGCUAGCAUACCUUCUUAAACCGAAUCUGAAAUUGAAUCACAUCCAUUGCGGUCAUACAGUCUAUCUAUGUGGGUUAUAUAUCCCUUCCAGAUAUAUGCAGCAGCCAACAAUCUGAGUCAGUGAGCAAGCCAGCCAAAAUCAACAUUUCGUCAUGUCUGCAAACAAAGGACUCGCUCCUGUGCCGCCAUCUACUUCAAAGCAAGAAAACAAAAAACUGAAAGAUGCUUCUUCCUUAGUUUCUGUCAGCAAGGAUAGUAACGGUAAAUCUUGCAGCAGGUUGUUCAGUAACGAAUAGCUGCAGCCAGGGUUGAGUUUUGUUGACUGCCUCUGUCUGCAGUGUUUGGAUUCUUGAAAGUACUGUGAUAUAUUUGUAGGAGUAGGGCUGUUAAUAUUUGGUUCAGUUCAAGCACAUUUUGGGCCUAACAAGAUAUGCGGUUGUUGCCAUCCGAGUGCAUGGGGAGAACAGGUCCUUCAGGACUGUAUUGGAGACAAGGAAGUAGGGCAUGUGGGCAUCAGGUUAAGAAGAAGUGGUUGGACCUGAAUCCCUUGUGUCUGCUGUUUGUUACUGCCUAUAGCAGGAAUAUCAAUUCUUCCACUUCUUCUAUAGGUAUCUUUUAAUAUGCCUCUUUACAUAUGGUUGCUUAUCAUUUAAAGAAGUGGCUUUCCAGUAAUUAAGAUAACUGGAGGAGAAAAUGUCUAAAUAAGGCUAUCUUCCCUUGGUUUUGUAUGUAGUCCUAAACCUUUGGUGAGUCCAUCAUCAUUAUAAAAUCCUGUCCAUGCCAUGGAUUAAGUGAGGAAACUAGCCCUGCUGCAGGCUUAAAAAUCAAAUUAUAAUAUUUUAGCAUUGAUAGAGGAGGAGUUAAGCAAACUUGAACUUUUAAGGGGAGGGGCAUAAUUCAUGAAAUGCCAAGUUGGUGUUGAAGCCAGGAAUGUUCAGCGCUACUCAUGUUUAACACGUUUAAAAAUAAUUUUUAAAAAAACCAAUUCUUCAUUAGUGGCAGGGUGCUCAUUUGUCAAAGAAAUUAAAAACACUUAGAAUGAAACACAUGGUCACAAAAUGUUGCAGGCAUCGGGGAGGCCAAUCUGUUGCUAACUGUUAGUGUGGGUAAAGGUGCUAUGUAAUAAGUGAACAUUAGAGUCUGGUAACCAUGUUCCACACAUCACUAUUUCUUUAUAACAAAAAUUAUAUACCAUGCUGUCAUCUAAAAAUAUUGAAGCAGUUUACGGAAAUAAAACAAAACUGCAGUUGGAUGCAAUGCUUGAGGUGGAGUCACAAAGCAAUGAAUGCUGAGGAAAUAGAGUUUCUAGAAUAAAAUUGCUUCCUUGAGAAAAACCACAAAAUUUUGCAGAUUAAAAACUGAUAUAAUUUGGGGAAGGGCUGUAGCUAGGUAGAGCAUCUGCCCUGCAUGCAGAAGAACCCAGGCUCACUCCCUGGCAUCUCCCUGGCAAUGCCACCUUCCUGAAAUCCUGGAGAGCUGCUGCCAGUCCGAGAAAACAGUACAGUGGUGCCUCGCAAGACGAAAUUAAUCCGUUCCGCGAGAGUCUUCGUCUAGCGGUUUUUUCGUCUUGCGAAGCAACCCUAUUAGCGGCUUAACGGAUUAGCGCUAUUAGCGGUUUAGCGGCUAUUAAAGGCUUAAAGGCUUAGCGGAUUAGCUGCUAAAAGGCUAUUAAAGGCUAUUAAAGGCUUAGCGGAUUAGAUAAAGGGGGGGGAAAGCGGGGAAAAAAUCUCAAGACUCGCAAGACAUUUUCGUCUUGCGAAGCAAGCCCAUAGGGAAAUUCGUCCUGCGAAGCAACUCAAAAACGGAAAACCCUUUCGUCUAGCGGGUUUUCCGUCUUGCGAGGCAUUCGUCUUGCGGGGCACCACUGUAUCAGCUAGAUGGCCCACUGGAUCUGACUUAGUAUAAGGCACCUUCCUAUGUCCCUAUGAUAGGCUUGAAAAACUCUCAGUCUCCACUGGUCCCAUAUCAAAUUAUUUUCCUCUAAAUCUUGAGUAAUUUUUCUCUCCCCCUGUUUCAUUUGAUAGUCUGGGAUUUUAUAAGGGUCUGCCUUACUCGCACCUUAGCAUUUCUCGGUAGGAAUGAGCAAAAAGGCAAAAAAUCUUGAGAAGAGUGAUGUACUUUCAGGGUAUGUUUGCGUGUGAUGGUUUAACUAAAACCAUGAUUGCAUGUGAACUAGGAGCCAGUGGUUACUAGCUAAACAAGCCAACCUUGUGUGAAUUAAUAUCUGUGCUAUGGAUUUGUCGUUUUUGUUCUGUCUCUGCAUGUAGAUCCAUCGUUUCACAAAGACUUGGAUGGGUUGUAAGUUACAGGCACACACAGAGAAGAUUGGUCAACAAGGAGAGAGGAGUAAUGGGAAAAGCAGGUGGUGUUCAAAAUAAAUAAAUAAAAUAAAAUCCCCAUUUGCUUCCAUCAUUCUUGUUCUCUGCUUCCCUGUCAACCUCUCACCCAUCCUUCUCCCGUUUAGCUAGGAGUCAGUGUGCCUUCUGAGCCAGCUGCAGUUACGCCUGCUGUCAUGUUGGUUUCUGCAGUUUCCUCGAAAUUUCUUCUGUGGAAACCAAGAGGGCAGCGGGCAGCCCUGGCAUUUGCUCCACCAUUCCCUGCCAGAUUAUCAGGCAGCGUUGGGAAGGGUGCCUUUCUUCUUAUCUAAAAAGCACAGGCAGUUUGGCAGACAGUGUGCUGCUGAGGCUGCGUGCUUGGCUGGGGCCAGUUUGGGUGAUGCUUGGCUGAACAGAGAAUCUACUGCACAACAUUUUGGGGAAAAUAAACAAAAAGGAAUCCUUUCCUCAGAGCAUCUGGCAACUUGUGGUGGUGUUGGGAGAGUGCAGAAUGAUGACAGUGGCAAAGAAGAGGGGACAGUUGUGCACUGGCAAUGGAGGGUCUAUGGUAGCAUGGGCAGCACUUUGCCCGGGUCCUCUCAGUCCUGCCACAUGGCUCUUUUCAGUGCAUAGAUGUUGCAGUUUGAUCAAAGAACAGAAAUUAAAAGCAUAUCACAAUGUAUCUCUCAUGUGAGUCUUUGAGUGCUCCAAGCACCUUUUAAAAAUUCUGAGUAUCGUGUACCUGUAAAGCAGAGCUUUCCAAACUAGUCGUGUUGGUGACGCAUUUUUUAGACGUGCACCAUUUCAUGACACAGUAAUUCAGUUUUACUAGCAAACCAGAGGUUAAAUUGACCCCUUUCCAGCCCCGGGAGGAGCGCGGGGACUGUUCAACUGACACACUAACGUGUUGCGACACACAGUUUGGGAAGCUCUGCGGUAAAGUAAGAACUCUGCGAAUGUAACAUGGGCGUAGGCAGGAUUUAUUUUAGGGUGGCAGUCUUUAUGUGGGGGGCAGGUAGAACUGAGUUAUCUGUGAUGCCAUUGAUCAGUUAGUUAAGUAUAUUUAUUUAUUUACUUGAUUGCAGGUGCAAUUGCACUCCCAUGCACCCCCUGGCUACGCCCAUGGUAUGUAAGUGGAUAUUUUCUCUGUUGCUGCUGCUUCUUUCCUCCUUUAGCAAUGCUCCUACUAAACAGUUAUAGCAGGGGCUUCUGUAAUUUUACUCGAAGGCCAGUUUAUAUUAGGCAUAAAUAUGGAUUUUUAAUGUUAUUCUUGAGCACUAACAUGAAAUGUGUGUGAUAGAAUUGUCAGCUUUAAGGGAGUUUUUUUGGGGGGUAGAGAUAAUCUGCUGCCACGACCAAAUAUUAACAGUUACUCUUGCUGUUUCUUUCUUUUUUCUAGAACUCCCUCAGUUAAGAGACAAGUCAGCUGCAUUAGACAGUUCAAAGCCUCUUCCCACAUCUUUACAGCGUGAUUUCAUCCCAGAAGAGAUCUUUGUUGCACUGACCUCUGCUGCCAACCCAAUCCCCUGUCCCAGUGUUUUAAGACCCCCCAAGAAAACAAAAAGUAUAAAAGACUUUCAGGUGCAUAAGUUCAUUUCCAGUCUAUGAAUAUUUGCUUUUUAAAUACAAAAUUUGCCACAAAACCCACUUGCUAUAGAUGUCUGCUGGUGACUGCGAAUUAUGCCAGGUGCACAUAGACACCAGUAUUUUAGGACAACACUUUGCAGAGGGAGCGUUAUUGGGAACAUGGCAGCAUGAGAAAUGUUAAGAACCUGAAGUUCACUGAAUGGGGGGGGGGAGGCAAGAGACUAGUUGGGCCAAAGAACUGGCACUGUCAGGCAACUUAGAGUUUUAUUAAGGAGAUUUUAGUACUUCAGCUUUUGUUGCUUAUCAGACAUAUCACAAACUACUUUCAGCAACAGAAACUUUUGAGAUUGGUUCAGUAAGAAACAAAUAAACAUGCUUUGGGCAUGUUGUAUAAAUAAAGAGGUAAAGGUAAAGGGACCCCUGACCGUUAGGUCUAGUCGUGACCGACUCUGGGGUUGCGCGCUCAUCUCGCUCUAUAGGCCGAGGGAGCCGGCGUUUGUCCGCAGACAGCUUCCGGGUCAUGUGGCCAGCAUGACUAAGCCGCUUCUGGUGAACCAGAGCAGCGCAUGGAAACGCCGUUUACCUUCCCGCCGGAGCGGUACCUACUUAUCUACUUGCACUUGGACGUGCUUUUGAACUGCUAGGUUGGCAGGAGCAGGGACCGAGCAACAGGAGCUCACCCCGUCACGGGGAUUUGAACCGCCGACCUUCUGAUCGGCAAGUCCUAGGCUCUGUGGUUUAACCCACAGCGCCACCCGCGUCCCUAUAAAUAAAGAACCCAUCCCUUUAUUGCAUCUGUCUUUUGCAUGUUCUCCUUCCUGUUUUUGAUGUAUAUUUCACAUGCAUCUCUCGCCAGCUCAUAAAAAGACUUCAGCUAAGACUUAGAAGAAACAGCUGACAGGGUCUCACUGCUAUGUGCAUUUGUGUGUAAUGUGUCAUUAGGCUUAUCAGUAUUGGAGAUGUAGUCUGUGCUUACCACCUGAUCCCGAAGAACCUCUUGAACUAGUCUUUUCUGUUGACUCUUCAGGGGUGCAUUCGUACUACUGAUGGGGUCUGGCAACAUCCUGUACGCAGAAACAAGUUUCGAUAUCUGAUAGAGCAUCCGAUUUGCCUCACAGGAGCUGGAAGGUAAUAGAAUGGAAUUGAUAGGGUCCUGGCACGUCACAUGCCUCUUUGCAAUAACCAGUAGCAGUGCUAGGAUUUGGGAGCCACAGUGCAAGGGUGAUGGAGAGUGCUAGGGAAAUGCCCAUUAAGUAUGUUACACAAGAGUGGCUAACCCGAGGUGAUGGUGUGCUUGGAGAUGAGCAGGAAUGCCCAUGAACCAAGCUAUGACCUUAGAGCAGCUUUUGCUAACUUGUCACCCUCCUGAUGUUGUUGGAUGCAACCCCUGCCAGACCCAGCCAGUUCUGCUGGUGAUCAGGGAUGAUGGGAGUUGUACUGCAGAACGUAGGAGGGCACCCGGCUGGGGAAGACUGGCCUAGAGUCUGCACUGCUGCCUGUUUCCUCAUGCUGCUGCCUGCACCCACAGAGCCAAACCAUUCCAGUCCACGGGAGGCUGCAUAUGUUGCUCAGCAUUCAGCAAGCUGGCUCUGUUUCACACUUGGGUUUAACUUGUGGCGCACUUGGCAAAAGCGGUGGCCACCACUGUUUGAAAACCAGCCCUUUCAAGACCCCAAGACCCUCCUUGUCAACACAUUGCUCCAUUUUAACUCAGGGAUAGGGGGAACCAUGAAGGAGUUUGCCUUCCGCUGAGAGUAAUCCGCUAGAGGGUAGAUGUUGGUGGCUGGUAGACCAAAAGUGGCUGGGAGCAGAGGCAAGAAGCAGGCAGGUCUUCUCUCUUUCCUUUUCUGUCAUCCCCUUUCUCUUUCUCCACCUCUUCCCAUCAAGCAAUCUGUUGCUCUUGGGAAAGAUCUGAACUGAUUGAUUGCAGUGCACUUCCCCCCUCUCUUCCAUUGCACUGUCCGUUUUGAGACCACCACCACCAUGAUUUCCCUCCUCCUUGCCAGAGUUCUCAACUGCUCACUUACAGAGUCUGCUUCCCCCCUCCCUCUUCCAUCACUUCAUCUGGCUCUCUGCCCCAUUCAUGUCUCUGAAUACCAGUCACCAGGGAACAAUAACAUGAGAGGGCUGCUGUACUCAUAACUUGCAUGUAGUCUUCCCAUAAGCAUCUGAUUGGCGCACCUUUGGGGGUUCAUUUCAGGCAGCAAAAUGUUUUGGGCCAGCAUUGGUAAUAGCCAGGGGUUAUUGGAUAACAAGUAAGGUCCUUGCAGACUGGAGGCAAUGUUGUCCCCAUCUUUAAAGAGGGAGGGAAAGAAGACCCAGGUAACUACCAACUAGUCAGCUUGAAAUCAAUACCAGGAAAGGUCCUUGAACAGAUAAUUAAAUAGUUGGUCUGUGAACACUUAGGAAAGAAUGCUGUGAUUACUAAGACCCAAUCUGGGUUUCUGAAAAACCUGGUCCCCGCACUGCGCCGCGCUAGUAAGAGCAGGUGGCGGGGGCAGCAGCGUGGCGGCAGGGGGCGGUUAGGCAAGCCUCGUGGGCCACUACCGGCCCAUGGGCCUUAGGUUGCCGACCCCUGCCUGCUUUGGAUUGUUUUGGCUGCUUCUGUUGCUUUGUCAUUUAUUAAACUAAAAGUAACUAAAAGUAUCUCCUUUAAAACAAAUUGUUUCCAUUUUAUAGAGGGCAACGAAGAAUAGGCACAUUGCAUUUCAUUCUCUGCUAGCUGUAUAGUUUUUAAAAAAUAUAGCUCUACAGCGGCAAGUAAGUCAGGGAUCGCCAACAUGGUGCUGCGGGCACCACUGUGCCCACUGCCUCCUAUGGAGCCUGCAAAAGGUCUAAGUAAAUAUAUUUUCAAAAAUGCACAAGAGUCAGUUUGCUCUUUCAUCUCAGUUCCUGCUUGAACUGAUUCAGCCUCUUCUACAACAGACAACUCCCCAAACGUGCCCUCUUUUCAUUGGAGGCCAGGAUUGGACACCCACCAUCCCAUUUUGAACAGAGGGGUGAAAGGCAUGAAGAACAUUAAUUUCUGUGACAUCAGUUUCUGUCACGCAAUUAAAAAGUCUGGUUGAGCAAUCUUGUGGGCCUUCCAGCCAAUGACCCACUUAUGCUGGCAUAAGUUAGUUGCCAUCCUAUGUACUCCCAGUACAAAAAAUGGGGAGAAAAGACUAGCAUUACAAAACACAAAGCAGCCACUCACCCAGUGACCUUCGCAACAGUGGCAGUGUUAUGACUGAAUACCAUUUCUUUGGUUUGAAUUGUGUGACUUUGGAGUAGGGGCCAAGAACAACAUUUGAAGGAGUUUCAGAGUUUGACAUAGUCCCACUCCUUCCGAGACAUGCCACUGUCCCAUUUUGGCAGAAUGUGGGCAUAUCUCAGCAUACGCUAGUAUAGGGGCCUUCCAUCAAAUCCUGAAAAACUCAAGGAUUAAGGGAUUGUGCCUUAAAGUUGUUUGUUUGUAUUAAUUUUAAUUGAUGGGAAGAUUUCCAUAUGAAUGUAACACAGCAGUUGUUGUUUGAGAGCAUUAACCAGCCAUUAUUCUCCUUAAAAACAUAAAUAUUGUGUUGAAAUAGUUAGUUGUAAUUCUGGAAAUGGAUCUUCACUGGAAGGGGAAUAUAUAUAUAUUUUUUAAAUGAUAUUUAUUAAGGUUUCCAAUAAAAAGAACACAUCGAUAAAAAAUUAAAAAUAAAAAAAGAAAUACACAAUUCAAAAGUACACAAUACAUAAUCCAGAAAAAAACAAAAAACAAAAGACAAAAAAGAAAACAGUUAAAAACAAUACCACCUUUUCAUCUCCAUUUUUAAAUUUACUUAUUUUCUGGACCUCCUCAUACCUCCCUCUUUUGUAUUCCAGUUCAAAUUGUUUGUCCAGCAAUUUCUUUCCCUCUUUUUUAAUCCCAAUCUUUAAUCUUGAUAUAAUAUAACAUUAAAUUUUACCUCUUAAAAACCAAAUUUCCAUUUCCUUUAACUUUUUUAAUCCUAAUCCUUAAUCUUGAUCUAUAUAUAGCUUUAAAUCCUGUACAGCUGGAAGCCACUUAUUUUCAAUCCAACAUCACUCUAACAUUCUUUAAUUUUGCAAUAUUUCUGCAGAUAGUCUUUAAAUUUCUUCCAAUCUUCCUCCACCGACUCUUCUCCCUGGUCACGGAUUCUGCCAGUCAUUUCCGCCAGUUCCAUAUAGUCCAUCAGUUUCAUCUGCCAUUCCUCCAGUGUGGGAAGCUCUUGUGUCUUCCAAUACUUUGCGAUGAGUAUUCUUGCUGCUGUUGUUGCAUACAUAAAGUUCUAUCCUUUUUUAACACCGUUUGGCCGACUAUGCCCAGGAGAAAGGCCUCUGGUUUCUUAAGAAAGGUGUAUUUAAAUACCUUUUUUAAUUCAUUAUAUAUCAUUUCCCAGAAAGCCUUAAUCCUUGGGCACGUCCACGAAAGGUGAAAAAAUGUACCUUCAGUUUCUUUACAUUUCCAACAUUUAUUAUCGGGCAAAUGAUAGAUUUUUGCAAGCUUGACUGGAGUUAUGUACCACCUGUAUAUCAUUUUCAUAAUAUUCUCUCUUAGGGCAUUACAUGCCGUAAAUUUCAUACCUGUGGUCCAUAACUGUUCCCAGUCAGCGAACAUAAUAUUGUGUCCAACGUCUUGUGCCCAUUUAAUCAUAGCAGAUUUUACCGUUUCAUCCUGAGUGUUCCAUUUCAGCAGCAAGUUAUACAUUCUUGACAAAUUCUUAGUUUUGGGUUCUAACAAUUCUGUUUCUAAUUUUGAUUUUUCCACCUGGAAGCCAGUUUUCUUAUCCAAAUUAUAUGCCUCCAUUAUCUGAUAAUAAUGAAGCCAAUCUCUCACUUUAUGUGUCCCAGUCUAAAUAUGUCCAGCAAUGCAUGUUUGAAUGUCAGUGUUGCACUUGUAAGAUUUUAGCUGUGUGUACUGUGGAAAUAAGGGAUGCUGGUGGCGCUGUGGGUUAAACCACAGAGCCUAGGACUUGCCGAUCAGAAGGUCAGCUGUUCGAAUCCCUGCGACGGGGUGAGCUCCUGUUGCUCGGUCCCUGCUCCUGCCAACCUAGCAGUUCGAAAGCACGUCAAAGUGCAAGUAGAUAAAUAGGGACCACUCCGGUGGGAAGGUAGACAGCGUUUCCGUGCGCUGCUCUGGUUCGCCAGAAGCGGCUUAGUCAUGCUGGCCACAUGACCUGGAAGCUGUACGCCAGCUCCCUUGGCCAAUAAAGCAAGAUGAGCACUGUAAACCCAGAGUCGACCACGACUGGACCUAAUGGUCAGGGGUCCCUUUACCUUACUGUGGAAAUAUGCAUAGUAUUAUUUGCUUAGCAAUUUAGUUGUCUGCUGUAAGCAGACUUUUAUGAUUAUUUUGAUCUUUAUGGCUUUUUUAAAAUCUAUUUUUCUUAUGGAUUCUUUCUCUACCCCCCAAUCCCAUUUUUCUCUUGUGAUUCUUUCAGGAUGUGACUGAUCUUUCCACUCUGCAGGAGCUGACACAGGAGUUUCGGGAACGCGUGAACCAAAUUGGCACAGAACUGGAACAAAUCGAAGAAACCAGUAGGGACAGGGCUAGGAGUAUUCAGAAUGGUUUGGCUGGUUGGCUCAGUUACUUCCAGAAUCAUGUUCUGUGAGUCUCAAGGAAUGAUCCUUUAUUAUUGGGGGGCCUCUGUGUUGCCUGCCACAUUCACUGGAGCAGUACAUGGUCAAAGAUCAUUUCUUUAUUUUUUAAAAUCAUUUUUAUUGAUUGUCCAGUUAAAAACAUCCAUUUAAUAUAUCCAAUCAUAUUACUCCAAUUAAAAUAAAAAACUAAAAUAAAAAAGACCAAAUUAUGGUCCAAAUUAUAUGUAUUAAUUUUUCAGAGCUCCACAUGGUCUGCAUCUCUGAAGCAUAUCUCCACAUCUUAGUCCUGCUUCUCCUCGUUGUUUCCAUAUUUUGCACAUCUCGAUUUUAACGCUUCAUAAUUCUUUGUCCCUGAGUCCACGAUUCUCAAUCAUGUCAAACAUAAUGUACUUUCAUCCGUCAAAUAUAGCUUUGUUAACAUAUAUUUUUCCAACUGUCUUUUUAUCAGCUCAGCUUCCUCUGAUUCCUUAAAAAAAAAAGGAGGUUAAUUUUUUAAGGGUGCCGCUAUGCGUACUUGAUUUAAACAUCAGGUUGCCAUCAGCACUGAGCUAACACUGAUUUCACAUACAGCUGAUCUAUCUUGUCAAUCCUGAAAUUUGUGCAAGGUUUACUCCUUAGCUAUCUUUGAAAUAUCUGGUUUAUUUACAGUUAUAGAAGCAGAACCUAUUAGAAGCAAACAGAUAACCGUGCAACAGGCAGCGAAUCCACCAAACCUGCCUGUAUUUCCCAGAGAAUAUAUUCACACAAGUUGCUUCAUGGUCAAGUUGCUUCUCCCUAAAUUCAAACUGGAAAGCUCUCUCUGAACUAUUUCUUGUGCUCUCCUAAUUGCUGAUUGGUGCUGCAUUGCAAAGGCCAUAAAUGAAUAUUAAAGUUCAUUUGUCAGAUCCCUAGACUGACCAAGCAAUGCAUUAAACUAGGGAUGGUGACCCUUUGUGGCAUCCAUGAAUCAAGCAAAGCCACAAUGAUAAACCCAUUCAGAGUAAGUUCCAAACAAUAGGCUCUUGAAGGUGCUUCAGUUUCUUUCUUUGUGUCUCAAGCAAGGUAUGCACACAGCAGGAGUUUAUUCCGAUUUUAGACACCCUGGACAAGAGUGUGUAUUCUUUGCUAUAUAAUUCCCUCCUCCUCUCUUUGACUUCCCAGUGGAAAAGGAACUUACACUUUUGCAAAAGGAGCCUCUUUAUUGGAUCAAAUCCUUGUGGAUCUGAAGGUCUGGGAAAAGGUAAGGGGUUUCCAGUACCAAUCACAACGAACACGGUAUUAAAUAUUAUUAUGUAUUGGGUAUUUAGAUGUCUUCCCUGCAGGUAAUAUGCUUGUUUGUAGGCAGCCGAUCAUGCAUCACUUUAUUUAUUGUCCUUAAAUGUUUUUCUGCCUUAGGAAGCUAAAAGUGGCUUGUGCAGCCAUUCAGUCCCUAAUAAGGACUGCUUCUGCUAAUGUUUAUCAAUGCAUUCAUUGACUCAUAUUAUCACUGCAGCCAGUAAAGGGCAAGCUUGAUAUGGCAUAGGAAGAGUGUGAAAUUCCUCUGCUUACUGCAGCUGUAGGGCAGGGCUCUGAAUUCAAGGAAAGCAGUAGUCUUAGCAUGGUGUUGAAUUUCAUGUUUCUCCUCGGAUUAGUUUGUGUGUGUGUGUGUGUGUGUGUGUGUUUUCACCAAAAUUACCUCUGCUGCUUCACUCCUCUCCAGUUUGUGUGAAACAACACCAGUUAUGUGUUUUUUUCUUCUGUGUGGAGAAAAGCAGCAUAGGGGAGGGCAGAGCAAGUCUUACCAGGCAAAUUGCUCAUGGGGAAAAGGUUGAGUAUCCCCACAUCACUCAUUACUUCAAUCAAAUUUGGAGCCUCCAGAAGGAGCAAGGGUUGACUUUCUGUAAGUUAUAAAUAAAUAAACUGUGGUACCCUUCCAGUGCCCAUGAUUUCACAUCUCGUUUGGUCCUAAAAUCGUUAGGCUUUCCGGGUCAUGUGGCCAACAUGACUAAACUGCUUUUGGCACAACGGGACACCGUGACGAGUGCCAGAGUGUACAGAAAUGUCAUUUAGCUUCCUGCCACAGCGGUACCUAUUUAUCUACUUGCACUGGUGUGCUUUCAGACUGCUAGGUUGGCAGGAGCUGGGACAGAGCAAUAGGAGCUCACCUUGUUGCGUGGACUUGAACUGAGCAUACAGUCCCUGAGAAAGGUUUCAGAAAAUUAUGGCAUUUGUUCCUUCUCCUGCUAGAUGUUGAAUGAGGAGUUGGCGCAGUUUGGUGGAGAAAUCCUCCUUCUGAGACAAGAGCCCCUCACGGUGACUACUAAUCUACAGAAGCAAUGGGUGGAUCUGGGACUUGUUGUGCAUGGGCGUCACAAGACUUUCAAGGGAAGGAUGCCUGUUGAGUUGAAAAUGCUGGAGAGAAUCAACAAGCAGUCCACUCUUCUCUGUGAGCAGUACCGUAUAAGGAUUUGCGGAGAUAACGGUGAGAAACAGCUGGGUUUUCCCAAAAAGAUUUUCUGGAGCACCUCUGGCAAAGGAAAUUAAGAACCUUUUCCUGAUACGAUUCAUAAGAACAUAAGAAGAGGCUGCUGGAUCAGGCCAGUCGCCCACCUAGUACAGCAUCCUGCUCUCACAGUGGCCAACCGAUGCCCAUGGGAAACAAGCAGAACAUGAGCACAAGGGCACCUCUCCCGUUCUGUGGUUCCCGGCAACUGGUAUUUGGAAGAAUUGCUGCCUCCAACGUGGAGGUAGAGCAUAGUCUUCACGGCUGGUAGCCACUGAUAGCCCUCCAUCACUGCCUCCUGGGGAGCAAGUUCCAUAGUUUGACUGUGCACUCUGUGAAUAAGUCCUUCCUUUUGCCUGUCCCGAAUCUUCCAACGUUCAGUUUCAUUGAAUGGCCGCAAGUUCUAAAGUUAGGAGAGAGAGGGAGAAAAAACUUCCUCUCUCCAUUUUCUCAAUGCCACGCAUCGUUUUAUAAACUUCUAUCAUGUUGACUCUCACUCGGCGUUUCUCUAAACCAGGCACCCCCAAACUCGACCCUCCAGUAGUUUUGGGACUACAGUUCCCAUCAUCCCUGACCACUGGUCCUGUUAGCUAGGGAUGAUGGGAGUUGUAGCCCCAAAACAUCUGGAGGGCCAAGUUUGGGAGUGCCUGCUCUAAACUAAAAGGUUCCAAAGGCUGCAGCUUUUCUUCGUAGGGCAGUCAUUCCAACCCUUUGCUCAUUUUGCCCACCUUUUUCUGAUCCUUUUCCUUUUUAAGAUGAGCUGACCAGAACUGUAAACUGUACUCCAACUGUGGUUGCACCGUAAAUUUGUAUAACAGCAUCGUUCUGUUGGGCAAGCAGAAACGCUUGCUUACACUGGCAAAACAAUUGCCUUGCCAAAUCAGUGUUGCAUCCUUUGAAAUGGAAAUUAUACUUUCAGCUUGACCAGUGUGUGGAAUUUUAUUCUCAGCUCAGAAUUUGGGGGUUCUUUCAGCCCAUUUUAAUAAUGAUUUUGGAAGUUAAGAGUCUAAGGUAGCAUCUGGUCCCGAUCUAAUUGGCUAUGAUGAUGUUGUUUUUGUUGUUGUUGACUGAAUUGUUUCCUUUAAGGUUGGUACCUGAGGAUGUGUUCAAGAAGAUUCAGCAGUGGAUCCUGACAACCACUAGUGGUUCCGAGAAAGAAAAUGAUCAGUUCAGCCAUGAAGUAGGUGUCCUGGUGUUUUUCCAACUUCUAACAGCAGAGGCACACUUGUUUCAAACUAAAAUGGAAGGCGAACUUCACUCUUAAAACCCUCUAAAUGUAAGCUUUUUUAUGUGUAACGUAAUAAUUACCUGUGCUCAGAGGAGGCCCUCCUUGUGUUUCUGCAUGCAUCACUCUUCCGAGCGUGUGUCUUGAUUAGAAGCAGCCAAUCCCAAAGAAGUAAGUCAGGCAGAGAGAGAAGAGGCAGCCUUUUUUGAAGGCCAGCAGUUCUGCUGCAUGUCUGUAUUGAGAGCAGUUGAAAUGGUCAAUUUGCAACUGAUGCAGAAUUGGAGAGAUGUAGAUUUCUAUAGCAAAGCUAAAAAAACCGCAACAUAAAAAGUGGGUCUUGUUGCAGGCUAAGGAUAAUGAUAGGUCUUGGAUCUGAAAAGCUCCCCCUUUCUUCUUCCUAUAUGAUGUCUGUCUUGUACAGAUGUACAGAGAAAAGAAGUAAGUCCCUGGGACUUAUUCCUGUGCAAGCAGACCUAGGAUUUCAGCCCUAGUGUUCAUGCUGUGACUUUAUAGUAUAGCUUGAAUCCACCUUGCUCUAAACUUCCUACAGCUGACCGACUUCCACUAUGCUCUGAGCAAGUGGAUGGUCAACCUGCUCAUCCACAUGGCUCCAGACCACAUCUCUCAUGAUACCCUCCCCUUGACUGAUGCAGAAGCGGCAAGGCAGGCGGAAAGGAAGCUGCUGAACAUUUUCAAGCUGGAAGGAGAAGCCACAGGCCUGGCUGCAAAGCUGAGCACAUUCUCCUGCUACAUAGUCAGGUAUUGCUGAUCCCACUGAAUCUCAUCCGCUUCAUAAAGUCACCCCACCAGGCAGAAAGGAAGCCCAUGCCAUGACAGAAAAGCUGUGUAGCAAUGACAGAGGGCACCAUGAUAGGGCACAUCUAGUGAUAUCUCUGUCUCAGCUACCCACACAGUAAGUGAACAGUAAUGUUUCCCUCACAAGGUUGCUGGAGGAUGAACACACAUUUUUAUUUAUAUGUGGUAUAGAUGUAGAUCAUGACAUGGCCAAAUACUGAAGGAGGUUUUUGUGGCCCGGUUUGUUUUAGUGCCUCAGCCCCACCUGUUCCACCUGGUUCUACAGGGAACCAGGCAGAGGGCCUUCUUGCUAGUGGCAUCCGCCCUGUGGAACGCCCUCCCUUCAGAUGUCAAAGAGAUAAACAACUACCUGACAUUUAGAAGACAUCUGAAGGCAGCCCUGUUUAGGGAAGUUAUUAAUGUGUGACAUUUUAAUGUAUUUUUAAUCUUUGUUGGAAGCCGCCCAGAGUGGCUGAGGAGACCCAGCCAGAUGGGAGGGGUACAAAUAUUAUUAUUAUUAUUAUUAUUAUUAUUAUUAUUAUUAUUAUAUUAAAAGGGACACAGGUAGCGCUGUGGGUUAAAUCACAGAGCCUAGGACUUGCCGAUCAGAAGGUCGGCGGUUCGAAUCCCCGCGAUGGGGUGAGCUCCUGUCAACCUAGCAGUUCGAAAGCACAUCAAAGUGCAAGUAGAUAAAUAGGUACCGCUCCAGUGGGAAGGUAAACGGCGUUUCCGUGCACUGCUCUGGUUCGCCAGAAGCGGCUUAAUCAUGCUGGCCACAUGACCCGGAAGCUCCCUUGGCCAAUAAAGCAAGAUGAGUGCCGCAACCCCAGAGUCGUCCGCGACUGGACCUAAUGGUCAGGGGUCCCUUUACCUUUACCUAUUAUUAUUAUUAUCAUUAUUAUUAUUGUGCUGGUGUUGCCUAGGAGAUGUUUUGACUCUCGCAGUUGAGAUGAACUGGGUAUCCUUAGGCAAGCUCAGCCCUCCCUUGCAAGAUUAGACACAAUAAUAUUGACCUAUCUAGUUGCUGGAAGGAUUGCCAUAAGAUAAUGUAUGUGAAGCUUUUCAUACACACUGAAAAUAUUCUAUAAAUACUAAAAUUCACCUGGGUUAUUAAGCAAGCCUCCUGGGGACUCUCCCAGAAAUCUAGGCAACAAAGCCAAAACCAGGACUGCAGGCAGUAAACAGACACCAUUCCAUCUCUCUAGAUAUAGAUAUAGCAGAGAGGGAAGCAGGUAAUGUUGUUCCUGGCAUGUCUUCAGGUCUAAUUUGCCAGAAUAAUGCUCAUCAGAAAAGCUUGCUUAGAAAAUGAAAGAUUUUGUGUCCUAGAUCAAAUGAUAAUUAUUACUAAUAAUUAUACUGAGCAUAUAAUGAUGUCAAUAAGAAUGGCACUGGGCACCUCAGACAGAGUGCUCCAUGCAUACAUUCUCUCAGUAAUCCUGAUCAAUGCUAUUAGUUAGGAUUAGUGUUAUCAUUCUCAUAUUUCAGAAGGCAGAAUGGGGACGGAGGCUGAGAUAAUGGGUUGACAUUUUUCAAGGCUUCCUAGAGAAUUCACAGAGAUAAGAUUUGAAACAAGUAAUUCCUGGCUUUCAAAUAGUAGUCCCCCCCCCCCUUGCCUACAGUUAGUUGCCCCAUUUUUCUCAUUUGUAAACUUCAAAUGUAAAUGGUCCUCAUGACAGAAGGAACGUGACGAAACUGGCUUUCUCAUAUUAAAGUGGCAUUGCUGUGCCGUAACCUAUUGCUGACAUCAUGUAUUUCCUCAGCUGUUGCAAGGAGAUGGUAGCAACGAUAACACGCCAGAAGAUGGUAACUCUUCAACCAGAUGCAGAACAUGAAUUGCAACAGUUAGGGAGGAUCAAGGUAAGCAAGACCAAAUGUGGUCUCUUGCCUUUUGUGCCUCACUCUCCAAAUCCAUCCUACUGUUUUUGGUUUUGAAGUUGGUCAUUGCAUAAGUGAAAUAGUUCCUCGAUUGGGUCACUCUACUUGUUCUAAAGCCUUCACAAUAUUUCAAACCCUGAGAUGGUCUUUGUUGCUGUUCCUGCCGCUGCUGUAUUGAUUAUGGUGAUGAUGUGAAUUUAUCAGCUGCUGUUCAAAAUUAAGUAUUUUUUCCAUGACACUGCCUUAUUUAUUACCCUGGAAUGCCUUCAAGCCUCAGCACAGUGCGCAAAGGCUCUCUGGAGCAAUGGAGAUGACUUCAGCUGCUGGGCACUUCUCGGUGUGGGGCUUAAAGCUGUCCCUCAUUCGCAGCCUCUGGUGAGCUUUCUAGGUCAGAGGGGGAUGUCGGAUGGCAGCCAGUCCAGCGAUAACAAGAGAGUUGCUGUGUAAUGUGGCUUCAGCCGCCACCAUUUUUAUUGUCCCAGAAUACCCCUGGGCACGACAUCAGAACCCCAAGGCAUUCUGGGGUGAUAAAGAUGUCAUUGUCUCUCUCAGCAGCUUCAGCCUGUCACUUCUUUGUUGAGCACUGGACCAAAAAGGAAACACUAAGCAAACAGAAAAGAGAGGAUCCGCCACUUUGACGGGGCUUCUCGAGCCCAUGGCCCCACUGUGCCAAGUGCUGCUUCUGGGCCUGGCUCCCUGCACGCAUAGUUCUGCGGUCCCCAUGUCUGCAUGUAAGCAAUGGGAAACAUUUUCUCAUUCUCUUGUGGGCAGCUUUCCAGGGUCCGCAUGCCAGGGGUGGAUGGGGCCGCAGGCAAAAGUGGGCAAGUGGGAUUCUUGUGACUCUUAGCUUUUGCAAAGUAGGCAUCAUUCCAGCCACACAAAAGCCAGAGGGUUCUACGUUUGCGGUUAACAAGCUGCCAUCAAAAUUUCCGUAAAUCUUGGUACAUUGUGUACCUUUUGCCUACUUUUAAAGAUGGCUUGCUCACAGUUGCCCACGGACAAUGCCGUGCGUACUUUUUAAAGCCCAGCCAGUUUUCAGUUAAGUGGUUUUUCUUACGCAUUGUGAAAUUUGAACUCUGUUAACACUGCUGAUCCGGGCUGUGGUGACCCUUGUUCAGGAAGUUCCAGGAUCCAGCCUGGGCCGGUGCUGUUAAGGGGGUGCCUAGUUGGAGAGGAGGAGAAAAAGUCUGCAGUUGAGCCCAGUAGUGUCACAUAAAUCAUGACGGCGCAUGGAAGGUACCCCCAAUAUUUCAUGUUCCUCCCUAGGCAGGAGGAAGAAAAGGCUGAAAAUUUGUGGUAGUGUCAAUUAUGGCAGCCAUCAGCAAGGGAGGAUAUGAGUCUCAUGUUUCUGUGAAGCAUUUUUGUGAAAUAGAUUGGAAAAGAGAAGUGUGGGCUGUUUGAAGGCAUGCAGUAAGGUGUGGGCCGCUUCAGGCUGAGUGGGAAGGUAGGCUGAGGCUGGGUUGUUUGGAAAGUCUCAAGUUGGGUUGGGACAAUCGUGUCUCUCUUUGGCCCAUGUCGCUUUUGUGACAUCACUAGGGAUGUUGGAGGAUUCUGAUGGAAACAGAAACAGGUGCAAAAAUUGCUGCUCUUCACAUCUUCUCUCAUUUUCAUGACCAGGUUCACUUCGUGUGAAUGAAAGCAGCAUUGACUGACACCACUGUUUGUUUUUUCCAAAGCUGUGAACUUGAUUGCGUUCCUCGCGUGCAAGCUCCUUUGAACCCAGUGGAAUUUGCUUUUGUAUAAACAUGCAUGAGAUUACCCUGUAAAUCUCUGUGUGGCAAUUGCAACUUCACUUCCGCAAGGCACCUACUGUUUCUUAACAGUUCCCAUAACCUGGAGUUUCUCCAAGCCUUUUAAUCCCUGCCAGCCAUGUCUUCUGCAGUGUGCAAACUUUUUCGUGCAAUAUUGUGUGUUUAUACAGUCUGCUGCUGCUACUGCAUGCUGGGAAUUGAAAGGCGAGGAAGUGUGCCCACAUUGGCAUUAGAAGCCUAACAGAGCAGGCCUAAUCCUGUCUUAUCAGAAGUAAGUCCUAUUGAGUUCAAUGAGGCUUGCUCUCAGGCAAGGGGGUUCUAGAUGGGAUUAUUUAUUUAUUGAAUUUAUAUCCUGCCCUUCCUCCCAAAGGAGUUCAGGGCAGCAAAUUCAUAAGCCCUGUGAUAUGAGAAAUAGCUGGUUCCAAACAAAAAGGAAGUUGGAAUGAGUCUUAGGAGCACAGGCUAAACUCCUAACUAUGUCUACUCAGAGGUAAGUCGCAUUGAACUCUAUUGUGUGAAAGUCAACUCAUUUGGUGGAAAGGCAGGAAACAAAUAUAACAAAGAAAUAGGUUCUAGUAAUCAAAUCAGUCUGAUAGAUGUGGAUCAGUGCAGUUCAUGUCAGAAUUCACAAAGACUGAAUUCCCGGGUGAGAUACUGGGAUUUUGGAACGCUGGGGCUCUCUGGAGGAGAUGUUGCAUAGUGAUAGCGAUAGGUGCAGGGCAUUGGCCCAAUGGGACUUCAGGUUUUAGCGGGCCUUUAAUAGUCAUCCCUCUUAAUCUCCAUUUAUGACAACAGUACCACUGAGAAUGUAAGAAAUAGUGUUUUUCACUGGUGGGUGUUACACAAACACAAGCAACCACAGCACACCUGCAAUUAGGGCAAGGGUUUUCCAACCCAAAGGCUGUUACUCCCUGGGCAGCAAAUACAUGGACCUAUCAAUGAUAGUACAGGCGUGAAUGACAGGUCACAGUAUGCAUUUGCAGGGAAGAUAAUGGCUGGGAUGAAUGGUGGACCUCUCAAAAAUCCUUGGCCCCCUACAAAGUCCAGCUCCACCUGCUGCCCAUUUGGGUUGGGAACUGAAAUGGAGAGCCAUAUGCUAAGCAAAACACUGUACAACUUCCUCUAAGCAUAGUUCAACAUAAGCAGCUCUGUUUGAGCCCUCUGGAAGAGCACCACGGGGCAAUUGUUUUUACAGUGGUACCUCGGGUUAAGAACUUAAUUCGUUCUGGAGAUCCGUUCUUAAGCUGAAACUCUUCUUAACCUGAGGUACCACUUUAGCUAAUGGGGCCUCCCGCCCCCGCCACACGAUUUCUGUUCUCAUUCUGAAGCAAAGUUCUUAACCCGAGGUACUAUUUCUGGGUUAGUGGAGUCUGUAACCUGAAGCAUAUGUUAACCCGAGGUAGCACUGUAUUUCCCCUUUGGUGAUUGGUUGCUUCUUUCACUCUCUCUUUUUCCAGACAGAGUUCUUGGAUUGGAUUGAAACCUGCAACCUCCUCCUGUCUGGGAUGAAGACCACUCCCACCACUUUAAUCAGCCAAGAAGACCUGGUUGGCCUGUUUGGGUUAGAGGUACUGGCAGAAAUAACCUUUGGUGUGACUGGUGGUGGGGGGGAUUUUUUCUCCCUCUCUCCCCCGCCCUCCACCUCUCUUCUGGCACAGGGCGAUAUCUCAGAAGGAGAAUUUCACUUGCAACCUUUUUGCAGGUGCUUCAACUGAAACGACAGCUGCCUCCUCGUCCGGAGCAGAGAGUGGAGAGCUCCUCCACCACAGAUGUACCUGUGGAGGAAGAGAAAAAAGACAAAGAAGCUGUGGAUGUUCUAAAAGAUCAGGAAGCCGCAGAACAGAAGCAAGCGUUAGAAGCAGAGGUGAGCAUCUCCAUUAGGAAAUGUACAAAGCUGUCCCUCUUCUUUCAGGGCUUCUUUCUUUCUCACUGGGGCUUAUGGCCGUGUGUUUAUUGCUAUCUGGUGGAAGUUUUGACAUCAUGAAAAGGGAAUCCUGCAGUUUACAAACAGAAGAAAUAUAUAUCUAUCCCUCAUGACUAUGGAGAAGAGAUUGGAGACAUAUGGUGGAUGCUACCUGGAAAAGCUACUUCCAGUAGGCCACACAGAAGUUGUUAAUGGUGUCGGGAGUGGCAUCACUGCUGGGCCCCUGGGUUGGUAGUGUGGAGGAAGCAGUUUGCAUGGAUGGGGCUGUCAACGUGGCUGUUUUUCUUACAACUACGUCCCGCGUGAUAAGCUUCCUUUACAUAUUAACAGGAGCAAUGGGGUAUUCGUUGGCUGCAUCACAUUGAUGGAUAUGUAUGAACUGCCCAUUUAAUGCUUUGCGUUCUCCCCUUCUGUGACUUAAAUUUCUUGCUGUUCUGAUCAUACAUCCAACACCUCCCUCUUUGACCACUUCCUGAAAAAUUGCAAAAGCUUUAAAAAAUCUGAGGAAUUGGAAUUCAAUACCAGUAAAUACUGGUCACUGAACUGAGAAUUCCUUGCUACAGAUUCUGGAUUCUGGUUUCUUCUGGUGCAGAACAUAAGCAGGACUGUGGGCAAUGCAGCAAAAGCAAGCCUCGCAAAGGAAAGGCACCCCCUUUCUCCAGCUGUUGGUCAUAAAGUGUCUACUUGAGUCAGAAACUUUAUGCUACAAAGUUGUAUACCACUUAGCUUUCUCACAAAGCAUCCUGGGAAUUGUAGUUUGAUGAAGUGCUGCGGAUUCUCUUUUCAAGGGUGGUUGAGCAUGUUUAAAUAUGGAAAGUGGAUAAGCCAAGAGUGUAUACGCUUCCGAUUCUCCAGCAGCAGAGAAUCAGCCCCAGAAUUCAUGCAUGGUCUGUGAACCAGGGGCAUAGGAAGGGGGGGGCGGAGGGGGCAGGUGACAAGAUGGCCCCUGCAUCCUCCCAGCUGUAGAGCGGCCAAGGGCGCGCGCAGUCCAUAUGGGCGCCGCUUGCGCGGUGUCCAUACGGGCUGCCACUCUCACGCGCCAUCUGUACGGGUGUCCGUAUGGGCUGCCGCACGUGCGCACUCCAUACGGCAGCCUGUACGGUCGCCGUGCAAGCAGCAGCCAAUAUGGACGCUGCGUGCAAGUGGCAGCCCGUACAGACUGUGCAUGUGCGGCAUCCCGUAUGGUCACCGCACAUGCGCAGUCUGUACAGGAUGCCACUUGCAUGGUGUCCGUACGCGCUACCACACAUGCACACUCUGGGAUGCCACUUGUGCGGCAACCCAUACGGUCACCGUGUAAGCGGCAGCCUGUACGGAGUGCGCACAUGUGGGAUACCGCACAUGCGCAGUCCGUACGGGAUGCCGCACAUGCGCACUUCGUACGGGCUGCCCUGCCCCUGGUGCCAGAGAGGGUUCCUCCGCCACUGCUGUGAACACUGACUCCAGAGGCUCCUGAACCACAAUUGACAGCGUAGCCUUAUGUGGAAUAUGAAAAUAAUUGAAGAUUGUGUUGAUCAGAGCUUUUUUUCUAGAAAAAAUGGUGCUGGCACUCACCGCGAAGUUGUUACAGUUAAGUGCCACACUUUUAACAUAUCCAUUAAAAAGGCGCCGGUACUGCAUACUGUCGAGUACCCCCAGGGGAAAAAAGGACUGGCGUUGAUCAUCAUGAUCCUUCCAUACACUAUCUGAGUCUCUUCUGUGCGCAGUUUCCUUGAUGAUGAGGAAACAACCAUUGCAUUGUGUGGUCCUUCCCUUUCCCCUUGCUCCUUCUCUUUGUCCUUGCAGGAACAGCCACCCGUGCCCAGCACCAGCACUGGUGAGCAGGCCGGGAGUCUUGCGGUCACUUACCCAGUCAGAUACAUUGGAGAUGAUUCUAAUGUGUAUGUCAAAACCAUGCAAGUGCAAGAAAUCACAGUGUCACGGGUAUGUAUGUACAUAUAAAUAGAUAGAUCUUCUCCGAAGAGGUGUGUCUAUUUGGAAGAAGGUGUGGCAGCUGCUUUAGAGGACAGGUUCUCAGUGUUAGUUAUUUAUAUCCCACCUUGCAGCAGAAGAAUCGUUAUUUGCAUCAGCCACUAGCCAUAGCAAUAAAACCAAAUAAAAUGUACUGAAGGUAGAGGUAAAAACUUAACUAUAGAAAAUACAUUUGGGGGUUUACAUCAAUAAUCAAAUAAUAGAUCUUAUUCUAAUUGUCCCCACUAAAAACCCUGCAGUUUUUGCUGUCACCUGAUCAUCUUGAUCUGCUAAAAGAAAGGAUGCAGUAGGAACGGUUGAGUGACCUGGCAUGGACAGUAAUAGAGGGGUAUUAACCUCACUCCUCAAAUCUUUAUAAAGAGUGUAAGCCAGAAGCACAUGAGCCACUGACUCAAUACUGCCAUCUCCACAGGGACAUAACUGUUUUUCCAGUGGAAUUUUUUGAAAUCGACCCUUGGGUACAGCCAAAGGCAGUAUAUUCAAUCUUGCAAAAGUGAAAGCGCGUCUGUAUUUUGGAAUUGUUACAUUUUGCAAAUAGGGUGCCAAAGUGGCUAGGUGGGAAAUAAUCAUACCAUGGACAAAAUUUCCUUAUUUUGGCCAGAUUAUUCUGUCGCUCAGUGUCAUAUAGGCACUGUCUAAUUAAAUUAUUUGAUUACUGAAGCCAGAUGUUAAUAACUGUUGUGGUGAUAAACCAGAAAAGUAGAGCUUUCGGUUGACAAUUUUAGUCCAAGCGCUCUCAUGACAAUCUUGCAAUACUAAUGGUAGUUGACCAGUGUAUCCCACCGUUUUUCUCCAAGGAGCUCAAGGUGGCAUAGGAGGUUCUCCCCCUCCUCAUUUAAUCCCCAUGAAACCCCUAUGAGGCAGAUUAGGCUGAGAGAGGCAGUGACUGGCCCAAAGUCACUCAGUGAGCUUCAUGGCCGAGUGGGGAUUUGAACUCUGGACUCCCAGGUCCUAGUCCAACUCUAUGGCCACUACAACACACUAUUACAGCAGGAAAAUAGAUCUGGGAAGUUCUCCUGCAAUGGCCCCAUUGAAAAGAACGGCAGUGGUGCAUGAACACCGUUAUGGGGUUUUUACAGGAGAUAUUCUCAGGCAAUUGUGCCCUGUAUAAACCUUUUCUUCUCAGAGGCAGAGUAAUGGCAACUUCCAACUCUGUGCCUCUGUAAAUAAAACAGUGCAAUGACCCUGUAAGGUAGGCCAGAAUUAUCUUUAUCCCCAUUCUGAAGACGUAAGGGAUGAGUGAGCAUCACUUGUCUAAGGCUACCUAGUGUGCUCAUAGCUGAGGCAAGAUUUGAGCCAGGGACUUCUGUAUGCCAGUUCUGAGACAGAAAGUAGCCUAUUGAUUUAUUUCCUUUCAUUUCCUAUAAGUUACUCACUCUUCUUAUUCCAGAGGGAGUUGCAUGCCAGCCAGUGGACCACAAAGGCCUCAAAGAAGGAAUUUGAGUUGCUGGCGUCACUGGAAAUUCUGGAAGAGCGACUCGUGUGAGUAUAGAACCACAGGGAAGAGAUGGAUGGAUGUGUGCAUUCUUGUGCAGACUAGAGACUAGAGGGUAUCUUGAACAGGUGGCCUAUGUGAUUGCAGGUGUCUAUUCUGCCACAACACAUUCCAUUUUUAAACAAAAAUAGGACGCGGGUGGCGCUGUGGUCUAAACCGCUGAGCCUCUUGGGCUUGCCAAUCGGAAGGUCGACGGUUCAAAUCCCCGUGAUGGGGUGAGCUCCCAUUGCUCGGACCCAGCUCCUGCCAACGUAGCAGUUUGAAAGCACACCCAAGAGUCCAAGUAGAUAAAUAGGUACCGCUCCUGCAGGAAGGUAAACGGUGUUUCCGUUGCGCUGCUCUGGUUUCGCCAGAAGCGGCUUAGUCAUGCUGGCCACAUGAGCUGGAAAAACUGUCAGCAGACAAACGUCGGCUCCCUUGGCCAGUAAAGCAAGAUGAGCGCCGCAACUCCAGAGUCGUCCGCGACUGGACUUAACUGUCAGGGGUCCUUUACCUUUACCUUUAGUGAUAUGCGAGUUCUCAUGUGGUUUUGAAGUGCUAGGAAUAAAACCUCUCCUGUAGGUUUUAGAGACUUGAAAUGUAUUAAUCAGGUGUGGAUUCUUACAUAGGUUGCAGUAAUAUUGGCCGUUAGGAACAUUUUUGGGGAGUGAAGAAGCAAGAGAAAAUGUAUUUUUCACAGUAGGAAGUGACCAGCUAGAGUAAAUCAAAUUAGUUUAAUUGGUUUCUUGCCUGGUCAGGGCUAUGAGUUCUAUCUGGCACCUACUCUUUCAGAGAGGCUAAAAAGCGAGCACAGCAAGCUGAGGAAAAAUCUGAAGUCCUUCAUGAGGACUUGGAAGAAGCUCUGGCAAAAAUCCAGAACAUGGAGGGUGAGCAACCAAAGCUGAAGGACUCUGAACAAAAAGAAACAAAACUCAAAGCAGGUAUGGCUAAAGACUUGAAAGGUGGAAUUGCAGGCUCCAAAAAAAUGCUCUGGAAUUUUAAGGGCAAUUUCAUGCACCACACGUUUAGGCGUACGUUUGAAAACAUAAAAUGUGAAUGUGAUAAACUGGUUUGCAGGCUCACGUGUGUUCAAGGUACAAAUGUGUCGGAGAACCAGGAUUGGCUGCACUUUCAAGCAUACAUUUGGGUGGUAUAAUUGAGUAUGCUGCUGCUGCUGCUGCUAUUACUUCCCUUGAUCUAUAGCAUCUAGAUCAAGGGAAGUAAUAGUGCCACUGUAUUCUGCUCUGGUCAGACCUCACCUGGAGUACUGUGUCCAGUUCUGGGCACCACAGUUCAAGAAGGACACUGACAAACUGGAACGUGUCCAGAGGAGGGCAACCAAAAUUGUCAAAGGCCUGGAAACGAUGCCUUAUGAGGAACGGCUAAGGGAGCUGGGCAUGUUUAGCCUGGAGAAGAGGAGGUUAAGGGGUGAUAUGAUAGCCAUGUUCAAAUAUAUAAAAGGAUGUCACAUAGAGGAGGGAGAAAGGUUGUUUUCUGCUGCUCCAGAGAAGCGGACACUGAGCAAUGGAUCCAAACUACAAGAAAGAAGAUUCCACCUAAACAUUAGGAAGAACUUCCUGACAGUAAGAGCUGUUCGACAGUGGAAUUUGCUGCCAAGGAGUGUGGUGGAGUCUCCUUCUUUGGAGGUCUUUAAGCAGAGGCUUGACAACCAUAUGUCAGGAGUGCUCUGAUGGUGUUUCCUGCUUGGCAGGGGGUUGGACUCGAUGGCCCUUGUGGUCUCUUCCAACUCUAUGAUUCUAUGAUUCUAUGAUUCUAAAUGGCUCAAAAUAGACAAAACAGGCAUAGGGAAGUCACGUGUUGCACGUCUUGCUGAGCUGUGCCAUUUCAGACUAUGUGUAUUGUAUUUCCACGCUGCCUACCACACAAUGGAAAAAAAUGUACAGGAAGUGUGCUUUUGGAGGAGAGCGGAGAGCAUUCCCAGAUACAGGUUGUGCUAAAUACGUUGUGCUAGCGCAAUGGGGUUCCUCCUCCCCUUGACAUCCCCACAUCUGCUCUGGAAGGUUGGGGGGAACUGGAGGGCAGGCUCUGGCAGAAUGCUUGGCUUGGCACUACUUUGGAUACAACCCACCAUCUUCCCCCCUCUCCACCCGUAGUCAGAAAUGGAAUGUUACUGCAAAAGUUGUACCAGAUGCCUUUCUGUUCCUUUGUUUCUGCUCUUAGUAAGUAAAUAUGUGUAGCCACUUCCCCAUCAUUACUACUCCCUGAAGGUUGCAAGAAUCAAAAUGAUAGGCUGUACCUAAGGCAGGCUGGGGAGAGAGAUGGUUUGCUGAUUGAAGGUCUUUUCAUUCCCGCCCCCUCAAUAACAGCAGGCUGUUUAUUUCUCCAUUUAAAAAUGGUAACGUGAGAAUUAGCUGACUUGCCCAGUCCACCUCCUGAGUCUGAUAGGGGAAUCCUUUCCACACGGGCAACAAACAGAGGCCUAGUUCACACCUGUGUAUCAGUUGCUUGAUUUAUCUGUUCUUGAUUUAUCUGUUCUUGAUGACUGGCAGCUGUCACCUGGUCUGCCCAGGAGGGUGAGGUAGUAGACUGGACUGUGCCACUACAGACAGCAGCCAGGAAAAUCACCUUUUUGGUUGUUCUUUAUUAUAAAGUGUAUCCUGUAAGUAGAAUGUUAGCACAGCAGGGAAUGGACUAAUCUAGAACUUUUCUCCCUGGUGUGUUAGGUUUCCACUUUCAGAAACCUAUUCCAAACUUAAAAAUAGGAAGCGUAAUGCUGGUGGUCAACAAAAGAGGUUUAAAGACUGUCUCAAAGCAAAUCUUUAAAGAUGUAUUAUAAACACUAACAAAUGGGAAACACUUGCCUGUGAGCGCUCCAAUUGGAGAACAGCCUUUACCAAAGGUGUCAUGGGCUUUGAAGACACUCAAACUCAGGACGCAAGGGAGAAACAUGCUAAGAGGAAGGCAUGCUUGGCAAAUCCACACCGUGAUCAACUCCCGCCCGGAAACCUAUGUCCCCACUGAGGAAGGACGUGUGGAUCCAGAAUUGGCCUCCACAGUCAUUUACAUUACUGUUGAGACUGUGUUCAUGGAAGACAAUCUUACUCAGCUACGAGUGAUCGCCAAAGAAGAAGACCAUUCUUCCAUCUGCAUUGCUGAAGUGGCACAACCCAUUAUGCACCCUCAAUCUGCUACAUGUGUAGCUCUGGCCUGAAUAGGUGAUGUUUCUGUUGAAAAGCAGUGUGUUGUGGGGUGAAAGGAAAGUUAUUCAUUACUUCAUAAUGUCAUAAUUCACAUGUCAUAAUUCACUUGAUGCAAUCAUGAAGUAAUGAAGAUGCAUGUUAUGAACCAACCCAGGGAGCUGAAGAAGCAAACUGUGUUAGAGUAUAUUGAUUUAUUGCUCAGAUAAGCCUGAGGUCUGGCACACUUCCCUUGCAUAAGCCUCUGCAUUCCAAUGUCCACAUAUCUGAGCUUAGCAGAGUUUCGACAGCGGCAAGAGGAAACUGCAAAAAAAAACUCCAGUGCAUUCUUCAGUGUGCUUAAAUAAAGUCCACUCAGGAUCUUAGCAGCUAAAAGCAGUUUUAUUUACAGCAGGCUAUCCAUUAUCUAUCACAGCGAACAGCAUCGCGAAAACACGUCCUCUCUCCUCAAAAGCGAAAGUAGAGAGAAAAGAACAAAGGCUCUCGGCUCUCGGAACUGACGUAGAAGUUCCCCCCUCCCAACAACAACAGUAGGCAGGGCGUACAGUCUGAGCUGUUUAACCCUGUAAGCUCAGGUUCUCCUCACACCCCCUCUCGCCCUGCGCUACUGUGGGGACAGUAAGUACAGAACUUACCCCCAACUCCAAACCACCACAAAACUCCCCAUGACGCUGGGAGCUUAAAGGUUUGGUAAAUCCAUUGGCCAGGUUACUGUGACUGGCACAGUACUUCAGUCGUAUCAAACCUGACUGAACACUCUGACACACAUUUUGGAAACGUAUGUCCAGAUGCUUGGUUCUGGCCUUAAAUUGCGCAGAUCCAGCCAACUUCAAACAAGGUUGAUUGUCUUCCCAAACCGUGAUGGGCAAGCUACAAUCCCCAUAGAUCUCUUGCACCAAGCAUCUAUAGAACUCUAGUUCCCGGCACAAAUCUGACAGUGCACUGAAUUCAGCCUCAGUAGAAGACAGCGCAAUGAGACUUUGCUUCCGGGACUUCCACCCAACCAGUGACUUCCCAAACUUAAUCACCAACCCAGACACAGACUUGCGGUCCUGCGGAUUCGCCCAGUCACUGUCCGCAUAGCAUGUGAGCUUCGCCUCACCUUCAGCUGGCAGCUUAAGACAGAAGUCUUUGGUAUGCUGCAGGUAGCGCAGUACCCGCUUGAUACCGUGCCAAGCACUCACACUGGGCUUUGGCGCUUCCCUACUUAGCAGGUUGGUAGCAAAGGCAAUGUCUGGUCUGCUCCAUUGGGACAGAUACAACAGACUACCUAGAGCUGACUGAAAGAGCUCAGCAUUCUCGAACUCAGCACUUUCUGCUCGCUGGCUGUCUUUCACGAAGUUCGUCUCCAUGGGUGUCCGAACUCCUGCACAAUCGGACAUUCUGAACUUCUCAAGCAACUGCUCAAUCUUGCCUUUCUGACUGAGCAAGAAGCUACCAUCCUCAGUUCUCGCUAUCUGGACGCCUAGGUAGAUCUUUACUGCACCCAGGUUCUUGAGCUGAAACCGUUUCCCAAGCUCUUUGGCAAACUUCUGCACCUGUUUGUCUGCCUUUCCAACAUGGAUGAUGUCAUCAACGUAAAACAACACCAGUUCCUGUGAGUCUCCUGAUCCUCUAAGGAACAGGCAACUGUCAGCAAGACUCUUCCUGAAACCUAGCUUCUCCAAAGCUUCAUUCAGGCACAAGUUCCAAUUCCUGGCCGACUGCUUCAGGCCGUAAAUUGACUUGUGAAGUUUCCACACAGUACCUCGCUCAUUGCCCUCAAACCCUGGAGGAGGAAGCAUGUACAGAUCCUCCUGGAGGUCUGAGUUCAAGUAAGCAACAUCCACAUCAAAGUGAUGCACCAGCAAACCUCUUUGUGCAGCGAUGGCUAAGACCAAGCGUAGAGACUCACUCCUACAUGUGGGCGCAUAAAUCUCCGUAUAAUGCAACCCCCUGCGCUGCAUGAAUCCUCUCGCCACUAAUCUGGCCUUAUACUGCGGUUCUCCUGUCGCUGUGGGCUUAAGACGGUAAACCCAGCGGCUACCCACUGUCUUUUCACCCACCGGCAACUUCGUGAGGGAGAACACACCUAGAGACUCCAUUGAGUUCAUCUCCUUCUGCAUCGCCUCAUGCCAUUUCCUGGCUUCUUCUUGAGGCAGUUUCUGAACAUCCUCAAAACUCUCGGGUUCACACUGUGCCAUUCCGACCCACACGCUAGUGACGGCAAACCUUUCAGGAGGUUUCCCCUUGGUCGUCCGCGUUGAACGGCGCAGCACUACUUCAGGAACCCCUCUGACCCACUAGGGCCAGCCAGAACGUCCUUGGCAUCAGAGAGCUCCCCCUCUGACUUACUGCGCCUUCUGGACUUCUCAGCCGAACCUGUGAGGGAAGAUGGAGCACUGCGUUGCUCAAUCUUCACAGCCUUGGGAGAAGUUCUCCCCUCUGCCUGCACUGGGCCUGGACUCUGAGCCUCAGUAGCAGGUUCAACCUCUUCCUCUCCUUCAUCAGCAGAGUCUAGCAGACUCUCUGACAGGAUGUCAGGGUUCCCAUGUAUCCUUGCCCAGCCACUCUGCUCACAGAAUUCAGCACUGUUGCUGAGCAGAAUCCUGGACUGAUUCCCUGACGGAUACGCAAACCUCCACCCCUUGGUCCCUGGCUCAUACCCACAAAAAAUCAUCUUCUGGGACUUGGGUUCACCUUUCUUGCGUUUGGCCUUUGGUAUGAGGACCCAAGCCUCACAGCCAAAAACGCGGAAGUAGUGCACCUUCGGUUUCUUGCCAUGGAGCAAGAAGUACGGUGUGUCACCUACCACUGAAUUGAACGACCUGUUCAGAAUAAAGUUGGCCGUUCACCAAGCCUCCCCCCAAAAACGCUGUGGGAGCCCGGCAUCAAACAAAAGAGCUGCGGACAUCUCCCCUAGAGUCCUAUUCCUGCGUUCCGCGAUCCCAUUCUGUUGGGGACUGUGUGGAGAAGUCAACCUGUGUUGAAUCCCCUUUUUGCGGAAGAAACUUUGCAGUGCAGACCCGGUGAACUCCCCACCGCGAUCGCUCUGAAAGUUUUGCACCCGUGUGGAAAACUGCAGUUCCACAGCCGCAAUCCAGUCUUUGAUUAGCGGCGCAGCUUCAUCUUUGCGUUGAAGCAAGAACGUCCAAGAAUUCUGCGUAUGGUCAUCAAUCAGAACCAGCGCAAAUUUGGCUCCGCCCAAACUGCUCACAGAAAACGGACCUGAAAAAUCUGCAUGAAUUAACUGAAAAGCCCUAGUGGUCAUCCUCUCAGACCUAGGGUAUGUGCACGUUUUCACCUUUGCGGACUUGCACGCUCUGCAAUCUAGAAACUUGGCACAUGAUUUCAUUUUGCACCCUUGCGUAUACUCUGGGAUCCUUUUCACUGACCCCCACGACACGUGUGCCAUGCGUCGGUGCCAGAGAUGGGCACACGCAUCAUGAACUGGAACAUUGGCACACUGUGCUUGAGCCUCCUCCGUGUCAUCUGGACCUGCAAAAGAAGCAUUUAUCACAAACAACCUGUCUUUACAUUCAACACUGACUAGGUGCUGUCCAUUCUUGGAAAUAGAACACUUAUUGUUCUCAAAACACACUCUGUAGUUUUCAGCAAGGAGUGCACUGACAGACAGCAACGCGCAGGACAGUCCUGGAACAACAAAAGCCUGGAUUGAAUCCUGCAAGAAAGAACAAAACAGUGAGCCAGUCUGCGUGAGUGGGUGUCGAGUCCCAUCUGCUAAACAGACAGUCUUCCCAGAUUUUACAGAGGUGCAGUUCUCCAGGAAUCCAGCAGAUGGCACUAGGUGAUGAGACGCUCCACUGUCUAUUACAAAAGCCAGCACAGCAUCCUGUUGACAACUCUUGACUACAGCCAUAGAGGCAGCCAAAUGUUUACGUUCAGUGUCUCUGCCAGCUGCCUUCGGCUUGCCUUUCCCACGCUUUGAAGAAGAGCUCUUUAUCUGGUUGCUACGGGAGACGGCCUUCGGCUGUUCCUCCACUGGACAUUCUCUCACCAGAUGGGAGGGGAGCCACAGCGAUAACAGCGGCGACGCGUAGCAACAGCUCUCACAGCUCUCUCUUCAGCCAUUCCUUUGUUCCCAGCACCCCCACCUUUGGGUGCACAGCCUGGGCCUGCAUGCUCCCCAGCACUCUGGUUGUAGGCCUCAACAUCACACGGCCCCUCAGAGACAAAGCAGCUACUCCCAGCCGUAACUUCAGAAACAUGGCCAGCAGCCCCCUCUGGGCUCUCAGCUUUCUCCCUGCUCUCGGCUUUCUCCCGGCCCUGGGCUCCUGCUGAGUUCUCACACAGACUCCUCAGCACCUGCCAGGCGGCCUGAGCCGACUCAACGCCCUCCAGGUGGGGCAACAGGAUAGCGUCCACGCUUGCUCUCAACAUGCAGAGCUCCCUUUGCAUUCUCAGCUCUCUAUCUUCCAGGAGAGCAGCCUCCAGUUCUGCUCCUCCUUCUUCAGCAGCAACUGGCAUGGGUGGGGCCGGCUCCUUCUGAGCUAUACUCCAGAACCCUGUGGCCAGAAACCACCCCCUGACUCUUCUAACCCAGAUAUCCCAGGACUGGGUUGUGAGCUUUUCAAACGGGACAUCAUAAAAGUCCUGGAGCUCAGCCAUCUCCUCCCCCAGUGCUCCCAUUGGGGCUUUGAAGUACUCACGCGUACCAGCCAGCUUCAACGGAGAGGCCUCCAGUGGCUCUUUGCAGCACGCAGCAUUGCAGCCAGCUUCCCUGCUUUUCUCCCAGGCGAAGCCUCAAAGCAGGACUUUUGCCCUCCGGCAGCAUAAACAGCAGCUUCUCAGUUUCUCAGGUUUCUCAACCUUCUUAAGCACACAGCACAUCAAAGCAGGCUUCAAAGCAGCUUUCUCUAAUUUCAAUUACUGCCCCCAUAACCUGUUAGAGUAUAUUGAUUUAUUGCUCAGAUAAGCCUGAGGUCCGGCACACUUCCCUUGCGUAAGCCUCUGCAUUCCAAUGUCCACAUAUCUGAGCUUAGCAGAGUUUCGACAGCGGCAAGAGGAAACUGCAAAAAAAAAACUCCAGUGCAUUCUUCAGUGUGCUUAAAUAAAGUCCACUCAGGAUCUUAGCAGCUAAAAGCAGUUUUAUUUACAGCAGGCUAUCCAUUAUCUAUCACAGCGAACAGCAUCGCGAAAACACGUCCUCUCUCCUCAAAAGCGAAAGUAGAGAGAAAAGAACAAAGGCUCUCGGCUCUCGGAACUGACGUAGAAGUUCCCCCCUCCCAACAACAACAGUAGGCAGGGCGUACAGUCUGAGCUGUUUAACCCUGUAAGCUCAGGUUCUCCUCACAAACUGCAUUGCACUGGCUAAGAAUGUGAGCAGGGAAGUCCCUAGUUGAACUCUUACCUAACCCAGUUGGUGGUCCGAGCAAGCGUUUAUCAGCCUAAGCUGCUCAUCUACAGCGUGAUACUGAUCGUAUCAGGAUUGUUGAUUUACUUUGAACAAAGUACUGUGUACAUGUCAGAGAUCGGUGUGUCUUAGAUCAUUGAAAUAAGUGGGGUUGAGCGCAUAAUGCUCUGUUGGAAUAUUCCCAUUAUGGAUGAGGUUCUCACUGAGAACAGGUAUACUUAUGAAGUGUGAACAUGACAAACAUGGGUUUGUGGAUGCAUAUGCUGUUCAUAACCAUUCUCUGGGCAGCUGGGUUUGGUCUUGAUUCCCUCAAGGCUAUGCUUGGGCUGAAACCUGGACUUGUCGCAGAGUAGAGUAUGAGGUUUCUCUGAGCUACUAGUUCUCAUAUUGUCUAGGUGUUGACAAUGUCAGUGUUUAAGUGCUUCUUGCUGUGCAUCUGUCGUUGCAGAAGUUGUCGUUAAGGAGCAAACUGAAUCACCUUCACAGCCCAGCACUCCUAAGCCAUGA